UUGCUAAAUUAAGGAAGUUUGGACGAGCGCAGACACUGUUUGCUGCGGAUCAGAACAAACCAGUCUGAGGCCUGCUGUUGCCCGGAAACCUCUGAACCAUUUAUGAUAUUUGUGCUCUGUUUGACUGAAGGUCAUUCUGCUGGAGAUGUGGUGAUAGAAGUUUGCCCAAAAAGGAGCUACUAUUUGCUACCAAAACGAAAACUCGUUCUGGGGCAGGAUCCACUAUGGCUGAUGUGGUGAAUACACUGCCUUUCUUCUAUGGCAGCAUCACCAGAGAAGAGGCAGAGGAAUACCUUCGACAGGCCGGGCUGGGUAAUGGGCUCUACCUGUUGCGACAGAGUAGAAACUUUCUUGGUGGGUUUGCCCUCUCUGUGGCCUAUGCAGGACGGUGCUACCACUACACCAUCGAGAGAGAACCUAGAGAAACGUACGCUAUUGCAGGGGGCAAAAGCCAUAGAAGCCCCCAGGACGUGAUUGACUACCACUCCCAGGAGUGUGAUGGCCUUGUGUGUCUGCUCAAGAAACCCUGCAACCGCCCCAAGAACAUGCAGCCCAAAGUCGGAGCAUUCGAUGACCUGAAAGAAAAACUGAUUCGAGAGUUUGUGAAGCAGACAUGGAAUUUGCAGGGUGCUGCAUUGGAACAGGCCAUCAUUAGUCAGCGACCACAGUUAGAGAAAGUCAUUGCUACAAAAGCCCACGAGAGAAUGCCCUGGUUUCAUGAAAAAAUAACUCGAGAGGAGUCUGAGUCCAGGCUCCAAAAUGGCUCCCGCACAAAUGGAAAGUUCUUGAUCCGACAAAGAGACAUGAAUGGGUCCUUCGCCCUGUGCUUAUUCCAUGAUGGGAAUGUCAUGCAUUACCGCAUUGAUAAGGACCAGGCUGGCAAACUCUCUAUACCUGAUGGGAAAAAGUUUGACACCAUUUGGCAGCUGGUAGAGCACUACUCGUACAAACCAGAUGGGCUUUUGCAUGUUCUGACGGACCCUUGUUCACGACCAGGGGGAGACAAUGCUCAUAUGGGAUUGCCACUAAUCCCACAACCUCACCUCACCUCAAAUUCUUUUAGAAAUGCAGCAGGUGGAUUUUUUGAUAAAAUCAAGAACCUGCCUGGCCUACCAAAGAAACGCCCAUCUCAGCGUUCUACCUCCAAUGAUGACAAUGACUAUGUCUUCAAAGCCUUGCCAAUGGACUCAGGCACCUUUGAAAGUCCUUAUGCAGACCCCGAAGAACUCAGAAGCUUCACAGUCGAUCGUAACCAGCUCCUUUUAGAAGAUGGAGAACUGGGCUCAGGAAACUUUGGCACAGUUAUCAAAGGCAUCUACAAAAUGAGAAAGACAGAUAAACCGGUUGCAGUGAAAAUAUUAAAGAAUGACGACAGUAACCCCGCAGUGCGAGAGGAGAUGCUACGGGAAGCAAACGUGAUGCAGCAGUUGGAUAAUCCGUACAUCGUCCGCAUGAUCGGCAUCUGUGAAGCCGAGAACCUCAUGCUGGUCAUGGAGCUUGCUGAGCUAGGACCACUGCACAAGUUUCUGCAAAAAAACAAAACCACAACAUUAAAGAACAUCACAGAAUUGGUCCACCAGGUGUCCAUGGGCAUGAAGUACUUGGAGGAGCAUAACUUUGUCCACCGGGACCUUGCAGCCAGGAAUGUUCUGCUUGUCACUCAGCACUAUGCAAAAAUCAGUGACUUUGGCCUUUCCAAAGCUGUUGGUGAGGAUCAGAACUACUAUUUGGCCAAAGGACAUGGCAAGUGGCCAGUAAAGUGGUAUGCUCCUGAAUGCAUCAACUUUUUCAAAUUUUCAUCCAAAAGUGACGUAUGGAGCUUCGGGGUUCUCAUGUGGGAAGCCUUUUCUCUCGGACAGAAACCAUACAAGGGAAUGAGAGGAAAUGAUGUAAUGCAGAUGAUUGAAAGUGGUGGACGCAUGGAGGCGCCAGCAAAUUGUCCUCCAGAGAUGUACGAUCUCAUGAGGACCUGCUGGACCUACAAGGCUGAAGAGAGACCAUCUUUUGCUGUGGUUGAGCCAAGAUUAAGAGAGUAUUACUAUGAUAUUUCACAGUGAUCGGUGGUGGCUACUUUUAUGCAAACUCUAUCUCUAUCUAAGAUUUUAAAUGAAAUGCUAUUGUAAUAUACUGUCAAAUGCUUGUAAGUAUUGAAGUACACAUACAAUAAACUAUUUUUUAAAACUUUUCAAA